CUCCCCAUCUGGGCCAUCUGUCCGUGUGUCAUCACCUCAGACCAGCAGGAUGGCUGCCAACAAGGGCAAGAGCCAGGGCUCCCUGGCCCUUCACAAGGUCAUCAUGGUUGGCAGUGGCGGGGUCGGCAAGUCAGCCCUGACGCUUCAGUUCAUGUAUGACGAGUUUGUAGAAGACUAUGAACCCACCAAAGCAGACAGCUACAGAAAGAAGGUGGUCCUCGAUGGAGAAGAGGUCCAGAUAGACAUUCUGGACACAGCUGGCCAGGAGGACUAUGCAGCCAUCCGAGACAACUACUUCCGAAGCGGAGAGGGCUUCCUCCUUGUGUUCUCCAUCACAGAGCACGAGUCUUUCACUGCCACAGCCGAGUUCAGGGAACAGAUCCUCCGAGUCAAGGCCGAGGAAGAUAAAAUCCCACUGUUGGUGGUGGGCAACAAGUCUGACCUGGAGGAGCGGAGGCAGGUGCCUGUGGACGAGGCCCGGGGCAAAGCGGAGGAGUGGGGUGUGCAGUACGUGGAGACAUCAGCCAAGACCCGUGCCAAUGUGGACAAGGUGUUCUUUGAUCUGAUGAGAGAGAUCCGAGCAAAGAAGAUGUCAGAAAACAAGGACAAGAACGGCAGGAAGAGUAGCAAGAGCAAGAAGAGCUUCAAAGAGCGAUGCUGCUUGCUGUGACAGCGCCAUCGCCAUCAGAGCACAGA